AUGUGGCUACUACAAAGAUAUAAAGUCAGUCUACGACGUGAUGAUAUUGAGUUACAUGCUAUUACAAUAGAUCACAACUAUAGACCAGAUUCGGCAAGUGAGGCUAGACAGCUUUCUCAAGUAAUGAGACAAUGGAAUGUUCAUCACAUUAUAGAGAAAUUGCAGUAUGAUGUUGAUCCCAAGACCAUUGUCAACUUUGAAGAGGUUGCAAGGACAAAGAGGUAUGAAGCUAUGAACUCAAUAUGCAAUACCCUCGGUAUUUCGGUGGUGGUUUUAGGACAUCAUAGUGACGAUCAAGUUGAAACUUUUGUUCAACGACUUCAAGGAAAUUCGUCACUAUUUGGUCUUGCUUGUACAAGAAAAAUAUCCAAAAUCCCAUUGAUAGCUGAUCUCAAUCCAACUGAACAAUCGACGUUAUUACCAGUAAAGUUGGUGCGCCCGCUUUUGCAAUACGAAAAGAGUACCAUAUUAUCAACUUGUGCAUUGAAUGGAAUCCCCUAUGUGAUUGAUCCAACCAAUAGUGAUACGAAACUAACACGACGAAAUUAUUUACGAAACCUUUUUGGAACUGUGUUGCCACAAAUCAUGGAUGGUCUGCUGUCACAUGACGAAAAUAGUGCUACCCCACCUGUUGGGUUUCGUAGUACACAAUACCAAUCGAUUGUCAAAAGUGAGCUUGUGAAAUCACAACAACAAUGUGCUGAUUUUGCACAAAAGUUUGAGUUGAAAGCAUACACGCUUUUCAAACAACUAGUACUGCAGGGCAAAUACUCAGAAUCACCUGCGUUUGGAACCUUGGAAUUGAAACUUCCCAAGGAAUGUUUGAAUGGAGACAACAAAGUUGUUACAAGUAGGUUCCUUUAUCAAAGAUUGUACCCUUACUCCACAUUGAACCAUUAUCAUUGGGCGUAUGCAAAAUUAGAGAGGUCUCUUUUGCCUCGAUUAGAGAAACUAGCCCAGAACCCUAGGUCCAGGGUAGCUAGAUUUUGUAUUAUGAAUUUGAUUUUUGAAGUCACAAACAACAUCAACUCAACUGAGCUAGAGUUGGACGUUUGGCGAGCUCCUUUAACUCGAAAAGAAUUGGAAAAUGUCUCGUUGGAGGUAUCAGUUAGUUCUUGCUGGAGUCAAUGGCACCUUUUUGAUAAGAGAUUUUGGAUGCGCUUCAAGUCGAGUGGAAAUAAGCCAAUUACGAUUACCGUAGGUUCAUACAUCCACAAGGCUCAUUUCCCUCUUGUCAAUAAGAACCUUAAAGAAGGCAUCGGCAAAAUUGCAGCCAUCAAUCGAUUGGAUUCUUUACCAGUCAUUUUUCUAGGGGGAGAAAUUGUGGCAUUUCCCACAUUGAAUAUUGCUAAUACAAAUGUUGAAACAGUUUGGACUUUGAAAGAGAAUAAAUACGAUUAUGUAGAUUCGAUCAUAAUGUGA